GCAGAGAUGAUGGGUUGCUGCUACAGUUCAGAGGACGAGUGGAUGGAGAAUAUAGAAAUUUGUGAGAUCUGCCACUACCCCAUCGACCCAGACACCAAGUUAGAGAGGCCGACUGCCAAUGGCUCUGAAGCUUGGAAUCCUCUGCUGUCUAAUGAAGUGGUUCCUCCUCCCAGUUCUCCUCUUCAAGAUAACCUGGUGGUUGCAUUAUAUGAUUACCAAUCAACCCAUGAUGGAGACUUGGUGCUUCGGAAAGGGGAACAGCUGCGGGUACUGGAAGAGGAUGGAGAGUGGUGGAAAGCCCAAUCCCUCACUACAGGGCAGGUGGGCUUUAUCCCAUGCAACUUCGUUGUGAGAUACAACAGCCUGGAACAAGAACCGUGGUUUUUCAAAGCCCUCAGCAGGAAGGAUGCUGAACGGCAGCUCCUGGCUGCCGGUAACACACAUGGUGCUUUCCUCAUCCGAGAGAGUGAAUCCACCAAAGGAUCCUUUUCCCUCUCCGUGCGGGACUUUGACCAGAACCAAGGGGAAGUAGUGAAGCAUUACAAGAUCCGCAACAUGGACAAUGGCGGCUGCUACAUCUCCCCUCGUAUCCCUUUUGACAGCCUGCACAAGCUGGUGGAGCAUUACACGCAUCACACCGACGGGCUGUGCACCCUCCUUGGCAAACCCUGCCAGACCCAGAAGCCACAGAAGCCCUGGUGGCAGGAUGAAUGGGAGGUGCCCCGGGAGACACUCAAACUGGUGGAGAAACUGGGAGCUGGGCAGUUUGGAGAAGUCUGGAUGGGUUACUACAAUGGUCACACCAAAGUUGCUGUCAAGAGCCUGAAGCAAGGCAGCAUGUCGCCUGAGGCCUUCCUUGCCGAAGCCAACCUAAUGAAGAAAUUGCGGCACCCGCGGCUGGUGAGGCUGUAUGCUGUGGUAACCCAGAAGCCUGUGUACAUCAUAACGGAGUACAUGGAAAAAGGAAACUUGGUAGACUUUUUCAAGGAUGAAGAAGGACUGCACCUAACCAUUUAUAAACUCUUGGAUAUGGCAGCACAGGUAGCUGAAGGAAUGGCUUUCUUGGAGAAGAAAAAUUACAUCCACCGUGACCUGCGAGCUGCCAACAUCCUGGUGUCCGAGACCCUUUGCUGCAAGAUUGCCGAUUUUGGCCUGGCCCGUCUGAUAGAGGACGAUGAGUAUACCGCUCAAGAAGGAGCAAAGUUCCCCAUUAAGUGGACCGCCCCAGAGGCCAUUAAUUAUGGGACAUUCACCAUAAAAUCGGAUGUUUGGUCAUUCGGGAUUCUGCUGACCGAGAUCAUCACCUACGGCCGGAUUCCUUAUCCAGGGAUGACCAACCCGGAAGUCAUCCAGAAUUUGGAGCGUGGCUACCGCAUGCCUGCACCUGACAACUGCCCGGACGAGCUGUAUCAGCUGAUGCUGCAGUGCUGGAAAGACAUCCCCGAGCAGAGGCCCACCUUUGAAUAUCUGAGGCAUGUCCUGGAGGACUUUUUCACUGCCACAGAGGGACAGUACGAGCAGCAGGUGUGA